UCAGACUUUCAGAAGUGAAAUGCCUGGAUUAAGGGAGUUAGCCAAAAUGAGGAUAAUAUGAAGACGUUUUUGGGAAAGUUGAACUGGUUCAACAGAUUGCUGGAUUUCCAUGUAGAGCACAGGACGAGAACUGGAACUCGGAAAGAUUUCGGCAAGUUAUCAGGUUGCUGAGAGGCGUGGCAAAACGAGACCACGACGAGACAACUCAUGUGAUUCACACUGAUUUAAUUACUGGUAGAGGGUUUCUGUGAAGUCAUGAGAUCAUCGUCUUCCCGUUUGUCAAGUUUUUCCUCGAAGGAUUCUUUAUGGAACCGGAUGCCGGAUCAGAUAUCUGUGUCCGAGUUUCUCUCGGAAACGACAGAGGAUUACAACUCUCCUACGACAUCCAGUUUCACCACUCGGCUGCAGAGCUGUAGGAAUACAGUUAACGUUUUGGAGGAGGCGUUGGAUCAGGACAGGACUUCACUGCAGAAGGUCAAGAAGUCAGUCAAAGCCAUCUACAACUCUGGCCAAGACCAUGUUCAGAAUGAGGAGAACUACGCCCAAGCGCUGGACAAGUUUGGCAGCAAUUUCAUCAGCCGAGACAACCCUGACCUGGGAACAGCUUUCGUCAAGUUCUCCACGCUCACUAAAGAGCUGUCUACUCUACUCAAGAACCUGCUCCAGAGUCUGAGCCAUAACGUGAUCUUCACGCUGGACUCUCUGCUAAAAGGGGACCUGAAAGGCGUGAAGGGGGACCUGAAGAAGCCGUUUGACAAGGCGUGGAAGGACUACGAAGCCAAGUUUACAAAAAUCGAGAAGGAGAAACGGGAGCAUGCUAAGCAGCACGGAAUGAUCCGGACCGAGAUCACCGGAGCGGAGAUCGCCGAGGAAAUGGAAAAGGAACGCCGUCUCUUUCAGCUGCAGAUGUGCGAGUACCUGAUCAAAGUGAAUGAGAUAAAGACCAAAAAGGGAGUGGACCUCCUUCAGAACUUGAUAAAGUAUUACCACGCACAAUGCAAUUUCUUCCAAGAUGGCUUGAAAACAGCAGACAAGCUGAAACAGUAUAUAGAAAAAUUAGCUGCAGAUCUGUAUAACAUUAAGCAGACUCAGGAUGAGGAGAAAAAACAGCUGACUGCCCUACGGGAUCUGAUUAAGUCUUCUCUACAGCUGGACCAGAAGGAGUCUAGGAGAGACUCUCAGAGUAAGCAAGGAGGCUACAGCAUGCACCAGCUACAAGGCAACAAAGAAUUCGGCAGUGAGAAGAAAGGCUACUUGUUGAAGAAGAGUGAUGGGUUGCGAAAGGUUUGGCAAAGGAGGAAAUGUUCAGUUAAAGGAGGAAUUCUCACCAUCUCUCAUGCCACAUCUAACAGACCACCUGUCAAACUCAACCUGCUCACAUGCCAGGUCAAACCUAGUGCUGAGGACAGGAAGUGCUUUGACCUCAUUUCCCAUAACAGAACAUAUCAUUUCCAAGCGGAGGAUGAACAGGAGUUUGUGAUAUGGAUCUCGGUGCUGACUAACAGUAAGGAGGAGGCGCUGAACAUGGCGUUUCGUGGGGAGCAGAGCACAGGGGAAGACAGCCUGGAGGAUUUGACCAAAGCCAUUAUCGACGACGUCCUGCGCAUGCCUGGCAACGAGGCGUGCUGUGACUGCGGAGCAGCAGAUCCAAAAUGGUUGUCCACUAACCUGGGAAUUCUGACGUGCAUCGAAUGCUCGGGCAUACACAGAGAAAUGGGAGUGCACAUCUCACGCAUCCAGUCCAUGGAACUGGACAAACUGGGAACUUCAGAACUCUUGCUGGCCAAGAAUAUUGGGAACAGUAGUUUUAAUGAAAUUAUGGAGGGGAAUCUCCCGUAUCCUACACCCAAACCAACCCCUUCCAGUGACAUGACAGUUCGUAAAGAGUUUAUAAACGCUAAAUAUGUCGACCACAAGUUUGCUCGAAAGACCUGCACCUCGGCAGCCGCCAAGAUGAGUGAACUGUUCGAGGCCGUCAGGUCACGUGACCUGCUGUCGCUCGUCCAGGUGUACGCCGAGGGGGUGGAGCUUAUGGAGCCCCUGCCUGACGGAGGACAGGAGGGAGGAGAGACAGCACUACACUAUGCAGUAAGGACAGCUGACCACACCUCUCUACACCUGGUGGAUUUCCUCAUUCAGAACAGUGGGAACCUGGAUAAACAGACAGAGAGGGGAAACACAGCUCUACACUACUGCUGUAUGUUUGAGAAACAUGAAUGCCUCAAACUACUGCUGAGGGGCAAACCUACUACAGACAUCACCAAUCAGAACGGAGAGACAGCGCUAGAUGUGGCCAGACGAAUGAGAAACAGCCAGUGUGAAGAGGCAUUGGUCCAGGCUGCUGAUGGGAAGUUUAACCCACAUGUUCACGUGGAAUAUGAGUGGAAUCUCAGACUGGAUGAAAUAGAUGAGAGUGAUGAUGAUCUGGAUGACAAGCCCAGUCCUAUAAAGAAAGACCGCUCUCCCCGGCCCCAGAGCUUCUGUCAUUCGGCCAGUCUGUCUCCCCAUGACAAACUCUCCCUGCCCGGUUUCAUUGGCCAACGGGACAAACAGAGGUUGUCCUAUACCGCCUUCACCAAUCAGCUGUACAGCGUCUCUACCGACUGCCCUUCGUCCCCUGUCGCCGACGCCCCGCCCUUGCCUCCCAGGAACGCAGGCAAAGGUAGGACAACCGCUCCCCAGUCCUCCUCCCUCUCUCCUUCCAACCCCUCCCCUGGUACGCAGACCCCCGGAGGCAGCUCCACACUGUCCAAGAAGAGGCCUCCGCCCCCUCCCCCCGGACACAAACGCACCCUGUCUGACCCCCCCACCCCGCUGUCCUACACUCCACACAGUAAAGGUGCCCUGCCCACAGGAAGUGACUCAACGCCUCCUCCCAUGAAUAAAAUGUCUCCUGUUACCAACAGAUUUGAAGGCAUCCCACAGCAGCUGAGCACUGCUUCUAACACCACAAAGUCCACCCUUGGUCCAAGGGUGCUUCCCAAACUACCUCAAAAGGUUGCAUUGCGUAAGAUUGACACCAUACAUCACCCGUCUACGGAAAAAUCCAGUCAGCCUCCAGACCCUCCCAUGUUUCAGAGGUCUCCACAAGGUUCUGACACCACCCAGAAAGUUCUGUUACCAGAUAAACCCCAACUUGGGGAGUUACCCCCCAAACCUCAACCCUCAGAUUUGCCCCCCAAACCUGGAGAACUGCCUCCUAAGCCCCAACUCUCUGACCUGCCCCCGAAACCUCAGCUGGGCGACCUACCGCCCAAACCGCAAUUAAAAGACCUACCCCCUAAACCGCACCUAGUGGACAUUCCUCCAAAACCUGAACCAGCACAGAAACCUCCACCUGGUGAGGUCGCACCCAAACCUCAGCUACAUGAAGCACCGGUGGCCAAUCAGCAAGCAGAGCCAGCUCCACAACCCGCCCAGUCCAGUGAGGACACCAACGGGAGUCCAGCAGGCGCUCCGGAGAUGCCUGUACCGUUACCCAGGAAGAUCAAUUCAGCGAAGAGUAAAGUCCGUCGCGUGAAGACCAUCUAUGACUGCCAGGCUGAUAAUGAUGAUGAGCUGACCUUUGUGGAGGGCGAGGUUAUUGUGGUAACUGGAGAGGAGGACCAGGAGUGGUGGAUCGGACACAUCGAAGGUCAGCCGGAGAGGAAAGGUGUCUUCCCCAUGUCUUUCGUCCAUAUCCUAUCUGACCAAUGACAUGUGUUCCAAAGCACUGAUGUCACUCUAAAGGCCCCUCCUGCACCACCCAGGCCACACCCACCCCAUUAUAGUAUGUGUUACCAAGGGAAGUCAAUGUAAAUAGCUGCUGAAGGAGCCUCUGUGUGUUAUAAAUGUUUUUAAGAAAAAAAGAAGACAAUAUGAAACCACAAAAUGGAACCUAACCCACUUUGUUUUAGCUACUGGGAGGUAUGGUGCGCGUACAGAGGGAAGGUAAAUAAAGUGAGUG